GAAGCCCCUCCCUGCAGGCAGCUGUGGCUUCUGAUUGUGUAGUCACCUGCUAUAUAAGGUCCUUCACACACCUGCUCUAAUCCUCUGCUGGGAUCCACCUUCUGUGGGCAGUCUCCAAGACAGACUCUGAAGGCUUAGAGCUGUACAGCCACAGUCCUUGUCCUUGUGAGACACCAGAUCCAGCACCAUGAAAGGCAUCCUCCUUACCUGUAUCAUCGCGGCACUUGUGGUAACAGCUGUAGAAUCCCUGAGUUGUGUGCAGUGUAAUUCAUUGACAAACUCCUGUGUCAACAGUAGCAUCACUGGGUGUCCCUCAAGUGCCAAUGUCAGCUGUACCAGUUUCUUGGCCAACUCUUCUCUAGCGGCAGCCAUUGCAUUAUAUCAGGAUAAGGCCUGCUCUGCAGAGAACUGCAGGGAAGGAAGAGACAUGGUUGAAGCUUUCACUGUCCACGUGUCUGGUGAAGAACGUUUUCACUUUACAAGCCAGUGUUGCCAAGGGAAGGAGUGUAAUGACACCAGUGAUGCUCUAGCUCCUCUACAGGAAGAUGUGUCCAACAACACAGAGUGUCUUGCAUGUUACGGAUCUAAUGAAACUUCCUGUAGUGUGAAAUCCAGGAAAUGUUAUAAAGAAGAACGGUGUGUUAGUCUAGUUGCAGAAUUUAAGACUGAGUCUAAGACGCUUGUGCUGAAAGGCUGUUCCAACAUCAGUAACUCCACCUGUCAGUUCCUAUCUUCUGAGAACCGGACAAUUGGAGGAGUCAUCUUCCGAAAGUUUGAGUGUGUAGACAAUGCCAACACCUCCUCAACCGCCAUUCCCAAUGCAACCUUGACCACCCCUCCUGUUGGCAGCUCCUCAACACCCAUCUCCAAUGAGCCCACCACCCCAGAUAUGGGGUCCAAAGUCUCUUUCACCCCUGCAGCCUUUGCCAGCCUCCUUCUGCUGAGGCUGCUACUCUGAGAUUCAAAACUGCCGCCCUCAAAUGCCUCACCCUUCCCCUGUUAACUGCUCAGUAAAUAGCAGUCACAGCCUUCCAUGCAAAGCCCUGUGACAGCCACAUUUUUCUCCAUUAUUAAAGCACUGGUUCACUGGCUGGCCAAAUCUGUCCUGAUGUGCUCUGGGAUGGGCUUCCUUUCAGCUGCUGUCCAGCACCACAACCCAGUUUCUUGCAUUUGAAACCUGUGCACCUUAGUGUAUGGGCUCCCAGGACCUCCCUAAUCUGCUCAUCUUGCUUCUGAGAAACAGACCCUUUCACCUUAUUGGCAUUUUCUGCCUAAAACCCUGCACUUCUGGGGACUGACAUGCCACCAUCCCCACCUGCACACAGUCAUGCCUGUAAUGCCCUGUGUUAACCCUAGGACUGAUAUCUGGCUCUUCAGUUAUGGUCCUUGAUCUGGUCACAGGCCCACAGUGACAUUGUCCACAGGGCCCAAAGAGGGGUGCAGAGGAGAUGCUGAAGCAUGGCAGACUCCCCUGCCUAACCUCACAGGCAGAGACAUAAUGCUGUUGGUGCUCCAGGUGACCAGAUGUUUCAUAGCCUUCACAGAAUGGAAUGUAGCUACGGAGCCCCAGUCCCUCUUCUCGAGAACCUACAAUGAAAGACAGAGUUUUUGACUCCAGAUCAGAUACCCAAGCAACAAGAAAGGUAUUCAAUCCAAUAGACACAGAAGUCCAAGUUUAAUAAAUAACGGACUUGAAAC